AUGAGUAUUUCAUUUUAUUCCUUCAUUUUCCUCCUUUUCUUUAGUGUACUGCAUUGUCAUGCAGUUAACCAGAUUACUCAAUCACAACCACUCUUUCAAAACCAAACUCUUGUCUCCUCCAGUCAAGUCUUCGAGCUCGGUUUCUUCACUCCAAAUGGUUCAGAAAACCGAUAUAUUGGAAUAUGGUACAAGAACAUGACUCCUUCCAAAAUUAUUUGGGUGGCCAACAGGGACAAGCCUAUUGCAUAUAACGACCAGCUCGCUACUCCAAGGAUAGGUGGGGAUGGAAAUCUGCAGCUUCUUGAUGGUCGACACUACUUAGUUUGGUCAGCUAAUGCUUCCAGUCAAACUAAUGAUUCUUCGGCAAUUCUGUCGGACUUGGGAAAUUUCAUCUUGCAGGACGCAAAUUCUGGAAAUAUCUUCUGGCAAAGCUUUGAUAAUCCAAGUGAUACUCUUUUGCCAGGAAUGAAGAUGGGAACAAAUUCGAGGACUGGAGUAAAGACUUAUUUAACCUCUUGGAAAAGCGACACUGAUCCAGCACCGGGAAAUUUCAGUUUCGGUAUCUCACCAGAGAUGCCGCCUCAGUAUUUCAUUUGGAAAGGAUCAACCCCUUACUGGAGAACCGGACAGUGGGACAAGUCGAUGUUUAUUGGAAUGCCAUACAUGGAUCAGAGAUACGUGACUGAUUUUAGUCUUCAGCAAGAUCCAGAACACGGAACGGUUUUUCUCUAUAUACAAAGCUCCCCGAAUUAUCCAUUCUUUUACACAUCCAUUUCGUCAGAAGGACAUCUGGAGCAUAACUUUUGGGAUGAAAAGGCGAUGAACUCGGUAACAAAUUGGGAGGAGCCAAGAAAUUCCUGUGAUACUUAUGGGAAUUGCGGUCCUUGCGGUGUUUGCGUGGCGUUCGAUAUGCCUAUAUGCAGUUGUUUAGAAGGGUUCAAACUGAAGUCAAGCGACCAGUGGAAUGAAAGAAACUGGACCUCAGGGUGCAUCCGAGAAAGUGAACUGAAUUGUCAGAAAAACAUGAGUACAACUGGGAAAGAAGAUGGUUUUCUGAAAAUCGGUCACGUGAAAUUGCCUGAUCACUCUGAUUAUUUACCCGACAUAUGGGACACAGAAGACUGUCAAAUCUGGUGUCUGAAUAACUGUUCCUGCAUGGCUUAG